GGCCACAGCUGGGCCUAAGGGGGGAACAACAUGUGUAACAAUAAUAACACGUCAGCACUGCGGGUCCCACCUCCUCACACCGGGGAGGGGCGGAGACAGAGGGCAGGCACCGGAGAAGGGUACACAGCACACGUGGGCUGGCUUUGGAUACUGGAGACAAAACUGUGCCCUGUUAAUGCAAUUCCCGGCAGACACUGGGACACGAUUGACUCUACUUGCAGCACAUCUAUCGAGCAGAAUAAAAGGGAAGGCUGGAGGAUGGGCGGGUUAUUGACAGUUCCCUUUCUCGAGAUCCUUUUGUGGUGGAACUUGGAAAGAAACAAGUUAUUCCAGGUCUGGAAAAGAGUUUGGUAGGCAUGUGUGUUGGAGAGAAGCGCAAAGUGGUUAUCCCUCCUCACUUGGCUUAUGGCAAGAGAGGAUACCCUCCUUCUAUACCAGGUGACGCUGUGCUGCAGUUUGAAACAGAAGUAAUGACACUGUUCAAGCCCACACCCUGGCAGACCCUUGUGAAUUAUGUUUUUCCCUUGCUGUGCAUUGGUUUGGUACCCAUGCUUUUGGGGCUUAUUGGUUAUCACUUGUAUGCCAAAUCUAAGGCCCCUGCUGUGUCCAAGAGGAAACAAAAGGAGGAUAAAAGAAAUAAAGCAAAAAAUAAAUAAAAUACUAUAUUUUCUCAUA